AUGGAUAAACGUUGGAUAACCUUAGAUAAAAAUAAAGAUGAGUACCGAGAAGGUGUUAAACAAUUUGUCUUAAAUUUCAAGCGGCAUGCAAGGAAUCCUGAAAUGAUUAUUUGUCCUUGCGCAAUUUGUCCCAACCUUAGCCCACAAAUUAACGACGACUUAGAGAUCCAUUUGAUGCGCUACGGCGUUGAUCCUAAUUACGAUAUUUGGUGUGCACAUGGUGAAGAGGCAGGCCCAUCUGUAGAAGUUGUAGAUGGUGAAAGUUCAGAUCAUAUUGAUGUGGACUAUGAACUUCCAGAAGUGCAUCAAAUGUACAAAGACGCACACUUCCCUUUUUUUGAUGGAGCUGGAAGUUCAAGGACUGUAAGCACAGAGGAAGAUUACAGAAAGAAAAUGGAGGAGGUUGAAGUUCCUCUAUAUCCUGGGUGUAAGAAGAAGCACACAAAACUAUCAGCCACAAUAAAAAAAUUCUUGAAAGGAUUUGAUUUGGGGUACGAGAAAAUUGACGCAUGCAUCAAUGAUUGUUGCCUGUUUAGAGGUGAAAAGAAGAAGAAUAUGCAGAACUACCCCGAAUGUAAUGCUUCGAGGUGGAAAGUAAAUCCACGGACCAAUGAGAUAAAUACGGGAGUGCCUGCAAAGGUUUUGCGUUAUUUUCCUAUAAUUCCAAAAAUUAAGAGGAUGUUUCUUUCAGCGAGUAAUAGUGAGCUGUUAACUUGGCACUCUACUCAUCACAGUCAAGAUGGCAUGAUGCGCCAUCCAGUUGACUCAAUUCAAUGGCGCACUGUUGAUCAAAAGUGGCCAAGCUUUGCUUCUGAGCCACGAAACUUGAGAUUUGGACUAGCCACUGAUGGUUUUUGA